CGCCGGCGCCGGCUGAUGACGCAGGAGCGGCCGGUGCGGAGCAGGCGCGUUGCUGUGACGUCAUCGCCGCGCGCCUCGGUGGCGGCCCGUGCGCGGGGCUGGGCGGGAGAGCCCCCGGGAUGUGGCUCUGACGGCCGCGGUGCCCCCAUGGCCGCACACCUCGUUCGCCGGUGCUGCCGGCGCCUGCUGCUCCCGGGCCCCCCCGGGCUCCCCCGGCCGCCCCCCGGGGCCGCCCCCGGCCCGGGCAGGGCCCCCCCCGCGGCCGCCCCCCGCCCCCUGCGCACCGGCCCCCCCCGCUGGGCCGAGACCCCCCAGGCGCAGCCGCGGGAGGAGGGGCCGGAGCAGCAGCUCCGGGAGCUGAUCCAGGGAGCCACCGACCCCCAGGAGCUGCUGCAGCUGUGCGGGGGGCACAGGCUGAGCAGCAACCUGGCGGGCAUGGCCAUCGCCCGCCUCGCCCGCCUCGCCCACGGGCACCCCGAGGCACCGGCCCUCCACGGGGACCCCCGGCUGCUGCGGCUGCUCGACACCCUGGACGGGCAGAUCUCCCAGGUGUGGAACGCGACGCUGGUGCAGGUGCUGCGGGCGCUGCCCGCGCUGGGGCUGCCCCGUGCCGGGCGCCAGGCCCGCUCGGUGGAGCAGGAGGUGCUGUGGCGGCUGCGGCGGCUCCCCCUGCGCCAGCUGGUGCAGCUGGCAGAGCACCUGGCGGGGCACAGGGACAGCCCCCUCCUGCCCGAGGUGCUGCGCAAGCUGGAGCUGCGCUGGACGGAGCUGGAGGGGACGCGGACCGUGGUGACCCUCAUGGCCAAGGUGGGACACCUGGCACCCGCCCUCAUGGAGCGCCUGGAGGACAAGGCCCUGGAGCUGGCAGAGCAGCUGGUGCCAGGGGAUCCCUCUGAGCUGUGCCCUGCCCUGUCCCAGGCCCUGGAGCUGGCAGAGCAGCUGGAUGUGGACGAGAUCCGGCGCAUGGCCGUGGCCCUGGCGCUGCAGCAGCGCCGCUGCGUGCCCCUGCUGCGGGCACUGUCCUACCACCUGCUGCAGAAACCCCCCGAGCUGGGGCUGCCCGUGCUCACUGACCUGCUCUUCGCCUACAGUAAGCUGAACUUCCAGCAGCCCCAGGUGCUGCACAGGCUGUCCCUGGAGCUGCAGCCCCACCUGGGGGCUCUCACACCUGCCCAGGUGUCGCGCUGUGCCCGCUCCUUCGCUGCCCUGCGCUGGCUCAGCCGCCCCCUCGCCGAGGGCAUCGCACAGUAUUCCCUGGAUAACACCCAGGACAUGUCCGUUGCCCACCUCUGUGCCAUCGUCGUGUCCUUCGCCCGCCUCAACUUCCAGCCCAGCUCCGGCGAGGAAUUCUUCACCAUGCUCCACGAGCAGCUCCAGGGGCAGGUGCAGCAGCUGGAUCCCCACGUGCUGACGGACGUGGUGUGGUCACUGUGUGUCCUGCAGCAGGCCCGGCCCCCCUACCUGCGCCAGGUGCUCGCCCCCGACUUCCACACCUGCCUCCGAGGUGACCCGUCCCCGCGGGCGCACAGCUCGUGGCAGAAGCUGGUGCACAUCAACGCCACGGCCCGGCUGGAGACCCCGGGCUACCCAGGGCCCUUCCUGCCCCCCGAGGCGCUGGGGGGGGACGGGGACAGGGACAAGGACAAGGCCAAGGCCACCCCCCUGCAGCAGGGGCUGCGGGAGGCGCUGCCGGGGGCCCUGGGGGGCCGCGACCUCGGGCGCUACGACGUGCACACGGUGUUCGGCUGGGACAUCGAUGCCGAGGUGGUGCUGGACGGCGACAACAAACCCCUGCCCGUGGGGGACUUCACUGCCCCCCACCUGCCCCACUCCCAGGGGGCAAAGCCACUGCCCCCAGGGGCCAAGAGGCUGGCGUUCCUGCGCUGGGAGUUCCCGCAGUUCAGCUCGCGGGGCCGGGAGCUGCUGGGCCGGGGGGCCCUGGCGCGGCGGCACCUGCGCAGGGCCGGCUUCCUGCUGGUGGAGGUGCCCCACUACGAGUUCCUGGAGCUGAGGCUGGAGCGGCAGCGCGUGUCCUACCUGAGGGACAAGGUGGCCAAGGCCGUGGCCAGCGACAUGGCCACCGACACGGCCCCCGACACGGCCCCCGACACGGCCGCCUAGCCCUGCCCGCGGCCACCUCACCCGGCCAGAGGGCCGUGUCACCGUGCCAGGGUGACCAGGUCACCACGUCACCGGGUCACCACGCCGAGGUGGCCGAGUCGCCGUGCCCAGGUGGCCACGUCACCGCUCUGAGGUGGCCACAUCACUGGGUCACUGUGCCCAGGGGGGGCCAGGUGGCCACAGCGAGGUCACCGUGUCCCCGAGUGGCUCCAGCGUCGCUGCUCUGUGUCACAAACGGCUCAAAUAAACCCCAAAUGUACAGGGA